AUGGAAACAUCAAGUAUUAAUGAAAAAUUGUCGGAAGUUUUAAAAUUGUUUUUACUACCUAAUUAUAAUGUCGCUUCAACAACAUAUUUGGAUUUAUUAUUGACACAUAUUGCCAAUGCAAUAACCAAAUCUGAUAAUCAGUGUCAAAUAAUAAAAGAUUACAUCGAAAAGGCAUGUCAAACUUGGAUUGAUAAUAAACCAUGUCAACCAGUGACUGUAUUUACUAUAAAGUUGAUUGGAGCAAUGGGGAAAAAUGAAAACUAUUUUGAUUAUUUUAAUAAAUUAAAUAUUUAUGAUAAAGUACUCGAUAUAUUUAAUUUGAGGCAAGAUGAUUUAUCAGCAUCUGUCAAAAUGGCUUAUACUAAAAUGUUAAUUGACAUUAUUGGUCAUAGUUGUGGUAGAAAGUGGGUAAUUGAUUCAGGUGUAUGGAAAGACGUAAUAAAAUUUGCUCAAUUUAAUCACACAAUGUACGUAACACGAGAAAGUCAAAAAUUUAUUUGUCAAUUACUUAUAAAUGAAUCUCAAAAUAUUGAUUUAUGUACAGAAAUUAUUAAAAAAGUAUCCGAGCCGCUUAUUAAUGAUACCUAUGGUAUUCAAGUACACACAGCACUUGAGGAUUUAUAUUUAGACCAAACGCGAGUUCUGUCAACAACACUUAAUUUAAUAACGAGUAUUCUAGAAAAUACGUUGUUCAAUAGCCUGGACAAUACCAUUCCUAAUUUACUUUAUGACAUUGCAAAUCUCGAAGUUCGGAUCAAAGCACUACUUGAGGCUUGUAUUAGUACCAAGUUUCUCGCGAAUAUUCACAAGCUGUGGGUUUUGAUAUUUAUUAGUAAAUUAAAGUUUGGAUUUAAAACUAAUGAAAACAAUGAAAUAGUCGUUCGUCAAGAGACUUGGAAUAAAUUUCGUCUGGGUUAUUGUUAUUUACAGACUUUAUUCAUAUCCAAAAAUUACAUCACUGAGUUAAUUAGGACGAAUAAAUUUUCAUUGAUUUACUGGAAAAAAUUACAAAAUCUUCAGGCUUUUCGUACGCCAGAGACUAAACAUAAAUUUGAGCAUCAAGUCGUCGUAUCUAUGGUUACUCCAUUGUUUGUAUGUUUGAAAAAAAAUUAUAAAAAAUAUGACAUUUUUGAAAUUUUUGUUUAUAAAGUAUUUAGUAUAACCUGCCAACCGAUCCAGAGAUUGGCUUAUGAAGCACGAGAUGUCAUGCUAAAGGAAGAUUUACCCCUAGAAUUAAUCUGUAAAUCUUGUAUUGAAAUGGUGCUUGAAGUUGUCGAUUUAAUGGACAGAGAUACUGCAGUGAUACCAUUUCAAAGUAUGUGUCAUGUAUUAAAAAAUUAUGUAACAUCCGAAACCGACAGCAAUGAAAUGCAAGAUGAUGGUGAUUGUAGAGGUGAAAUACUACAGAUGUCAAAUGAAAAUUCACAUGAUACCAGUCCUAUUUUGCUGUCUGCAUUGCGUCAAAACAGUGAAAAUUGCCAGCAAGCCCAGAAUAGUAAUGGUUAUAAUCAAAUUCAACAUAUUAAUCCUCCAAAUCACCAGAGAAAUGUUGUAAGAAAGUCAAUUCUUGAUGGAGAUCCCAUAGUCGAUGCUCCUAUUUUGUUAUCAACUUUGUUACACGGAGUUGCAGUUAUGACAGAAAAGUUUCAAUUCAAAUGGUCUGAUUGCGUUGAAACCAUUUGUGUUUUAUCUUUAGCUCAAGAAGUUUUAAAUCACUCAGGAACUUCACCUAAUCUUUGUGUACGAGCAUUGAAAAUAUGUAAAUUGGCAAUAGAAAAUUUUAUGCCCCCAAAUUUGGCAUUGCUGGUGAACGGUGAGAGCCACAUGAAUAAAAUCGGACCAACUUUGUAUAAAAGAUUACACGACAGCAAUUGGGAAGUUCGUGAUAGUGCUUUGGAAGUAUUACUGGUUAUUGCCAAUAUUUCGGAGACCACGUAUCCAGCAUUCCAAGAACUUAUUCUUACAAAUAAACUUCUAUCACUGGUUACCGACAUCGCAAUGAAGGAUGGAGAGAGUUAUGUUCGAGCCUCCGCUCUUAAAUUUAUAGCUAUUGCUGUACGAAUAAAUAAUUUAUGGAAUAAAGAAUUAUCUUCAUUACAUUUAAUUGAAAGAUCAAUAGAAUUAUUCAGUGAAGAAAGUGAAGCUAUUGUUAGAAAAGAAGUCGUGAUAUUAAUAAGAGAAUUAUAUGUUUACAGACAGUGGCCAAAUACUGUACUUGAUACAAUAAAUCAUACAAUGGUGGUAGCAGCAAUUUUAGAUCUUCAUUGGGAAGUUAAAAUAAAUGCGUUGAGUUACUGGCAUGAUUUCAUAAAGUUUCAAUUAACUGAACAAGGAAUGCUAGAUGGUGAAUUUCCAAUGGUAACAUUUUCUAAAGAACACAAAAAAAUCGUCCAACUCGAUGACAAGGAAAUAAAAAAUCGAUUGGAUAAAGUUCUUCAAUACAUGGCCAAGGAAAAUUGUCUUGGAGUACUAUUAGUGACUUUGGAAGAUGAGAGUGAUUUUGAAGUAUCAAAAUGCGCUGCAGACAUAAUAAAUGAACUAAAAUGUCUGUUAUUGAAAUACAAACUAGACCAACCAACUCAAAAUAAUACUUCUUUGUACAGCAAUCCAUGUAACAGUAAAUCAAACUCCAACUGUUCAUUAAAAUCUUCAGAAUCAACCGCUAAAAAUCCUGAAAAAGAUUUAUCACAUAUAAUCGAUGACAUUAUUGAUUCAAAUGACUCAAGUUUAUUGGCGACAAUGUACAAAAAUUCUCUGAAAAUGAACGAUGACUGUGUUAACGAAAAACGCGAGGCCCUCGGUCGUAUAUCAAAAGUUACAAGAGAACAAUUUUUGUCUCACAUUCUCAACACAGAUAUUGAUGCUUAUAUUACUGAAAGACGCAACUGGUUAAAUACUUACACCGUUUCCUAUGAUUCCAUUCUAGAUGACAUUCUAACAGUUUACGCACAAACAGAUACCAUUUCAAUGGACUGCUAUUGA